UUUAAAAAAAUGAUAAUGAGACUGAAAAUUGGUAAUGAAUUUUAUUUACUAAAAUACUAUGAGUCUUUAAAUAAUUUACAAGAAAGUAAUGAAAUAAAUAAUAAUAAUAAUAAUAAUAAUAAAAAUAUAAACAGUAUUAAAAAUAAUUCGAAUAAAUUAAAAUUCAAAAAUGAAAGUGAAAAAAAAAAUUUAAUUAAAUCAACAAAUAUUCAAAAAAUGUUGAAGUGUCCGUCUCGUAAAAAACGCCGUUACUUUUGGAACGUAAGGGUUGAAAAAUUGAAAAUUUAUUUAAUUGGUGAUUAUUUACGUCAAUUAAUUCUAAAAGAUUUGACAUCAUCGAUAAUUAUCAAUAAAAGUAAUGAGCAAAUAGCCGAGGAGAGAUGUAAAAAAAUUCAAAAGUAUCUUAAUAGUAAAGCGGGAUUAUUCAAACAGUCUUCGAAAUUUAUGAUAAUAAAUCACGAGUUAAAAAAUUUAAAUAAUUGUAAUACUGAAUUAAAUAAUAAUAAUUACUGUUUUAAUAAUAAUUAUAAUUUAAAUAAUAACUUAAAAAUAAAUAAAUUAAAUUACUGUAGGAGAAAUUAUUGCACGCCGAUAAAUUGUUGUGAUAUUCAUGUUAAAUUUAUUUACCACAAUCGUUAUGGUAAUAAGAGAAAAAAACGAUGUAAUUUAAAUAGUAUUAUUAAUAGUAAAGAGGAUUUUGUAAAUUGUAAUUUACCUUUGAAGAAAAGUGAAGUUAAAUUGCAACUGUCGGACAAAACAAACAAAAGUCAUCAAGAUUUUUUUGAUAUAAAAAUUAAUCAAGGUGUCGUACAACCUAAUGGUGAAAUUAAAUCUGGAACAAAUGUUGCUGAAGAUUAUUUUCGACAAGUUUACGAACUUUUAAAACAGCAAGGGGAUAAAAAAAAAAAAAAAAACUUUAAUGAAAAAAGUCAUCGGCUUGAAGGGGAUGUCGGAUUAAACGAAAAUGAAAAAAAAGAUACGCAGAAGUUUAAAGACAAAAAACGAGGUGAGGAAGCACUAGUGUCCCCCGUGGUGGGUGGGCCGAGUGUUCCCUGUAGUUAUUACAUAAAAAAUACCAUAAACAAUAACAAUAAUAAUGAAAAAAAAGAAAUAAAUGAAGACAAUAAAGUGAAUUUAUAUUUCCUAAGGCCUAAGAUUCGGCCUCACGAUGAUGUCUCAUCAUCAUCAACGUCAUCAUUUAAUAAUGACAACAAUAAAAAAUAUCAUCGUCAACCCAUUUCCGUAAAAUGCAAAAUAAAUGCCAAGAAAGACAUCAGUAAAUAUUUUAAUUACCCAACAAAAGAAAAUAAUAAAUCAGAUAAUUUUUAUAAAAAUAAAUUUAAUUUAAUAACCGAAAACGAAACAACUAACGAGGAUUUGGUAAUGGGUUCAAAUUUAAGUCGUCAUCAUGGCAAAGGCCUUACUGGACGUAGAACCCAGUCAUCGGGUAAUCUUUGUGACUCGAAAGGAAAACUUAGUCAUGUUGGAAAAAUGCUUGUUCCUUGUUCUAGUUCAUCGGAGGACAGGUACAAAUUCUCUGGGUCAUUACCGAAUAAUUUAGAUAAUGAUCAUGAUUUUAUGUUAGUAAAUAAUAAUAAUGUUAUAACGGACACAAUAUCUGGAAAUUUGGGUGGAACUUUACCCCAUAAAAAAUCAUCAGUUCAAUUCAAUGAUGAGGUGACGGAUUUCGAACGAUAUCGACUGCAAACUCUUGAAGGCGAUCCUUGGGAGUAUCAUCAAAAUGACGUCGAUAUUGUGCGUUGCAAGCAUGGGAAUUUAAAUUUAGUGAGAAAAAGUCACCACAAUAGUACUGACGAGUAUAUUCCGUCCAAUAGUCACCAUUAUGACUCUGAAUUAAUGGGCACUUUGCCUAAAAGAAGAAUAGAUCCAAAGUGGUGUGAUCCCACAAGUAUACAGUCGAUUGUUCAUCAGUAUAACCAGCAUGAAUCCGGUGAAAUAGAUUUAAAUUAUCCGCAAAAUAAGCAAAUUAUUCACAAGCCCACCUGUGAAUUGAUGAAGCAUCAUCAUCGUCAGCAAUUAGAACGUCUUGAUGAUUUUAAUUCAAAGCCUACAUCAAGUGAACAUCAAGACCAAGGAUACGCGUCGGAACGUUCACCUGAAGAUGAACACCCGCCGUUACUGGCAAUUAAUCCAGAAAACACAUUUAAGGUGACCUUGCAAAAAAGUAGCCGAGGUCUCGGAUUGAGUCUUUCCGGUGGUGGAAAAUCAGGCCCGGUCAGAGUUAAAAGACUUUUUCCCCAGCAGCCAGCGGCGCUUUCCAAUAAACUCGAGUCUGGUGAUAUUCUUUUAGCAGCUAAUGGAAUUACACUUUCUGGUCUAACUAAUUACGAAGCACUAGAAGUACUUCGUACAACUUCUAAUACCGUUGAAUUAUUAGUAUGUCGGCUACCUGGUGAACCCAGUAUUACACCACCAAAGGCACCACCGACUCCACCGACACGACGUGAAGCUUCAUUACCAUCACGCUUUCUCAAGCCCGUGCCACCACUUAAUAUUGAACCAUGUGGUGAAUUCGAUAUUGAAAUGACUAAAGUAGCCGGUAGCUUGGGAUUUACUCUGAGGAAGGUCGACAGCAGCGCUCUAGGUCAUUAUGUCAGAGCACUGGUACGUGAACCAGCAUUGAGUGACGGACGUAUUCAACCAGGUGAUAAAAUAGUCACGGUGGAUGGUGUCCCGCUGUCUCCAAUGAGCCACGAAGAAGCAGUUGCGUUACUACGUCAGUGUGGUCCUAGAGUUAAGUUACGUCUUUAUCGCGACUUGACUCAAACUCCAGUCUCGGCAUUAUCACCAACUGAACCUGAUCAUCCUUUACGUCCACCACGAACUAGUCUCAGAAAAGAGGCUGUCGAUAUGCUUUGUGAUUUAGCUGUACGUAAAUUAUCACCGAAUGGAUCAAAUGGUUCGUCAACUCAAAAUCAAACGGCAAAUAAUUGUUCGCCACGACGAUUACGUCGUCCUGCAUCAAGAACUUCAAUGAAUGAUGAUAAGAAUGAUGCUAUUGAUACAUCGAGCAAUAUUAAUUCAAAUCAAAACAAUCCACAAAUAAAUAUCAGCAAACCAUCACGGCCAAAUUAUCUUAAUUUAUCAAACGGUGAAUCAAAGUCUGAAAUGAGCAAUGAUCAAAAUAUUGAAGUAAUUAAUUCGUCGACUGUUAAUGAUAAUGAAUUGUUAGAAGCUGAUGAUUAUUAUGAUGAUAAUGACGCGUUAAUUGGCGAUAUGCAGGAUAAUAAUUUACCGAUCGAACCGGCGUCAAUGCCGCCGUUGGUAUUCGAUACAGACAAUGAUACGUCUGACGCUAAUUUCAGUUACAAAAAUCCUGCGUACCAAAGCGCUAAUCCAACUUGCAGUGGCAAUGAUAACAUUAAAUCCAAAGCUACAUAUUCUAGUGAUAAAAACAUUCCAGGAAAAAUUACAACUGCACAAGAUCCCGCUGGCAGUAAAAGUUUACUCAAGUGGAAGGGUGUUAUGUUUGCACCAGACGACAGUAAUGAUAACGGUGAUACUACAACUAAAAAUGACAAUUUCAAUGGAACUGUUACUAAGGAAAAUAAAUACAAAGACUGUGAGGUAUUUAUGGUUGAAUUGACACGUGGUUGGAAUAGUCGCUUAGGAUUUAGUUUACAGUCACACGAAAACUCAACUAUAAUAUCAAUGGUGCAUCCUGAUAGUGUUGCUGCUAAAGAUGGGAGAUUAAAACAGGGUGAUAUAUUAGUUAUGGUAAAUGAUGAGAGUGUAGAAAAUAUGCCAACGACUGACAUUAUUGAUUUGUUAAGAAAAAUACGAGGUUCUAUCGGCAUUACAGUUGCGAGGCAAAAAAAAAGUAGCGACACGUGACGAUAAAAAGUAUAGAAAAGAAAAAUAAAUAAUUUAAUUACUAAAAUAAAUAAAAUUAAAAUCAUCAAUCAAAUCAUCGAGCUUAUAAAUUAAUUUGUACGUAUACGUUUAUUUUUUUCUUUAUCUUUUAAAAAAAUUGUUGAUCAAUCAUGAGCUAUAAAUUUAAAAAAAUCUAUAUACUAUUUAUCUUGAGAGAAAAAUAUAAAAAAGUUAAUUAAUAAUAAUAAAAUAAAAUCAGUCAAUGAAAAUAUAUAUUUAAUGAAAUUUAAAAUUAAUAAAUAUAUGAAUUUAUAUAUUUUAUUGAUAGAUUGUUGGAGAAAAAUAAUGAUAAAGUUCUUUAGUCUCUUAUAGUUGAAUUUUUAUAUAUUAAUUGAAAUUGUUAAAUAAAUAAAUAGUAAAAAAUAUUUUAAAUAUUUAUUAAUUAAUACCAUGUGCGGUAUUAAUUUUGAAACAACUUUUAUUAUUAUUAUUAUUACUAUCAUUAAAAAUAAUAAUAUCUUGGUGGAUUUGAAUUACGGUAGAUUGAGGUCAUUAUCGUUAGUCGACCUUCGAAAUUUUAGUAAAAUACGGAAUUGUGCGGUAAUUUACGGCAAAACUACGGAAGUUUGCCGUAAAUUUGCGGUAAUCGUGCAGUAAUUCACCGCAAAAUUGCCGCAAAAAAUGCAGUAAUUCUUCGUACAAGUAAAUCUACUGCAUCGUAGGGUAAAAUUCCCGAAUUUUACGGUAAAUUACGGCAAUUAUCUAAGUCUUGACCUUAGAAAUUUUAGUAAAAUACGGAAUUUUGCAGUAAAUUGCGGUAAUUUACGACAAAACUUUGGACGUUAGCCGUAAAUUUGCGGUGAUCGUGCGGUAAUUUACCGUAAAAUUGCCGUGAAAAUGUAGUAUUUCUCCGUAAAUGCAAAUCUUCCGUCUCGUAUGGUGAAAUUCCCGCAUUUUACGGUAAAUUGCAGCAAAGGGCGGUAAAUUACCGUAAAUUAUGGUGGAUUUGCUGUAAAAAUACAAUAAUUUAGGCAAAAUACGGCAUCUUAAAAUAAAUUUAGGUAUUUUACGGUAAAAUUACGAAACUUAACAGUAAAUUUGAGGUGAAAAAGCGGCAAUAUUCCAUAAAUUUUCGGUAACUCUGCGGUAUUUUACCGUAAGAGUGCAGUAUUUUUUCGUAAAAGUAAACUUAGCGUAUCGUACGGUAAAAUACGGUGAUUACAGUAAAGAAAACGCUGCAAGUUUUAGUAAAAUUCCCACAUUUUACCGUAAUUUGCUGUAAAGUGCAGCUCAUUACCGCAUGCUACUGCAAAUUACCGUGAAAUGCGGUGACUUUGCCAUAGCAAUUCUAUUUUUUAGGAAAAAUACGGCAUUUUUUAGUAAAUUUCGAUAUUUUAAGUUAAUAGGACGAAACUUUACAGUAAAUUUGCGGGUAGAAUAGCAGUAAUAUACCGUAAAUUUGUGAUCUGUGGGAUAAUUUACCGUAAAAGCCUGUAAAUUCUCACAGAUUUUUGUAAAUUACCGUAAAAUGCGGCAAAUUUACCGUAGAAAUUCUGUAUUUUUCGAUAAAAUGCGACAAUUACCGCAAUUUACGGUAAAUAUCAUAAUUUACCGUAAUUUGAAUCCGCCAGGGCAGCGAUAAUUAAAAAAUUAUAGUUACUGAUUUAGUAUUUAAUUUAACUGGAUAUUAAAUUAUAAAAUAUUUUCAAAUUAUAAAAAGUAUUAAAUAAUUAAAAUAGACAAUUAACUUAAAUUGUCUAUGACUUUGUUAGCAAAAGAUAAAUUUUAUUAAAAUUAAAGCAAAGUAUCCGUUAAAUUUAAUCAACAAUUUAAAAAAACAAAAGCAAUAUCCAUCGGAUAUUAUUAUUAAUAAAUAAAUUAAUUUAAAAAUGUUAAUUUAUCGAACGAUUUAUCGAUAAAUUUCACUAGUAAAAAUAGAAUUUAAAAAUACAAAUUAGUUAAAUUUAAAAAUAAAUCAAAUGAUACCAAAGGUGUGUAAUUGUAAGGGCAGCUCUGUAAGCGCAACUUAAAAUCCAACUUAAUAAUUUAGUUAAUUAAUUAAUUAACCAAUUAAU